AUGUUUAACAAUUUGCUUUUGCUAUUACCGCUAUUAUUACUCGAUUCAUUUUCAAAUUGCCUCAACGUUCCCGGAGAACUUAUUCUUAGAGGGGAUCCGCAAACAGGUGAAAGCUAUACUAUUACAGGUACAUUGUCUAUUCUUGAUGUUUUUGAAAAAGAAAUUUCCCUUGGUGAUAUUUCUGUUGCUGAAGGGGGACAAUUCUUCUAUACUGCCACUUUUCCUCAAAUGUUUUAUCAUGUUGAUCAAUUAGGAUUUCAAAAUAUUGAGAAUCAUGGAAAUUUCCGCUUAGACUUUUUUGGUUAUUACAUCGAAACCUUCUCUUUUAAAAACAUAAGUAACUUUGGUGAUAUGGCACUUUUCAAUCAUUUUCUGAACUGGCCACCAAGGUAUACCGAACUGUUCAGGAACCUAAAGGAGGGAAGUAUUUUUCUUGAAGAAUUUAGAUUACGAGUCAGUGACUAUUUUGAAAACGAAGGGGAGAUCUGUCUUGGAACCAACUGCUGGUUAACGGCCCUAGUACAAUCACCCCAAAGAGGACCAAAUGGAUGCAUUAGUUUGUCUCGGGGAGACGCUGUUGAAGUUCCAGGAGAUAUUCUUUCAAGCUUUUGCUUUUCAGGGGAGGAGGGGCCAGGUUCAGGACUUAUUUUUACUUCACCCACUCCCAAACCUAUUAAAGUGGCACAGUUUGGUGGAACACAAAAUCUGUUGAACCCUUUCGGUAUGCUAGACGCGACACUCACCUACGAGGCACCAUAUUUAAAAGUUGUGGAUGGUUCUCAAAGCUUCACCUUUGACAUAGGAUUCGGAUAUCUUGAGAGUAAAUUUUACAAGUUGAGCCAUGAGAGAAAUACUUUCAUUAAAUACAUGGAUCCUGCACCAGAAGGGGCUAAUGACUGUCCCUGUAAAUGCGUGUUCACAAGUUCCCCUGUUCCAGGUGAGAUACCCACAAUUUCAACUCAAAUAACCGAAGAUCGUACUGAACGACUUAUCAUUACCACCAAUGAUAGUGGUUGGACAACAAUCACUGAGCUAGUGGAAGCAGAAACCACCGAUUCCGAAAUGGAAUCCACUAUUUCAGAACUAGAAUCAACUACUUUAGAACCGGAGUUGGCUACUUCAGAAACAGAACCAGCUAAUGAUUCAGAAAUGGAAUCAAUUACGCCAGAUGCAGAAUCAACUACUUCCGAAACAGAACCGACUGCUGCAGAAAACGAAUCCACUAAUUUGGAACCGGAGUCAACAAUUUCAGAAGUGGAAUCCACAAGAUUAGAAUCUGAUGAUAACGAAACAACAGCCAGUCAGACGUAUUCUUCUAGAACCGACCCAGAACACGUUGCAUCUGAUUCAAAUCCAGGGUUGACUAGUGGCGUAGAACCAGAAACAAUAUCGGACUAUACAAUGCUGAGUGAAACUAGUACCACUAUCACUGAAGUAUCUAGUACAUGCCAAGAAUCAACCAACACUUCUGUACUGGAAUCUAGAAAAAGGAGUUCUCAACAUGAACCUAGUACUCCUGAUCAAGGUACAACUAUUGUUACGACCACUGCCACUAUUCUCUCAACAGAAUCCUGCGGAACUACCCUUCAAUCUUGUGUCCCUGAUAGUACAUUUAUGAGUGUGAUAACAACUACGAUUGAUGGUAGAUUAACAACAGUCACUGCAACUAUCUCAGCGAAAACUUCUAUCCCUACUGAACCAGAUAGCUUGGUAACUUUUGCAACUAGCCUUUCUGACUCACGGAUACCAGUUGCAACACUGGAGGUUAAUAUUUUGCCUAUUGAAGGUUCGGGUUCUAAAGGUUUUGGUAGACGUAUGUUGGUGUCAGGAGUAGUCAUUCUCUUAUUUGCUAUUGUUAUUUAG